ACUAAAGCGUGACUCGGAGGCAGGUAGGAGAACCCGUCUGACUCGCUGUUUGUGUUUGAGAAAUGAGUCAAACAGUGCAGGAAGAACGAGCAGAUCCAAAGUGCAGCUCUUUCAAGCCUCGGGCACGUAAGGUGUCGGCGGAACGUCCGUUUCACGUGGAAAAUCUUCAUCUGAAAUGUAAAGACGUCCUGGAUAUGGGUGCGGCGCGUCGUCGGGUUGUGUCCUGCUAGGAUUUCUUUUUUAUACCCCCUAUCCAAACAUAAGUGCUUUGCAAGGAGCUCUUUUGAUCUCUGAGGGUUGGGCGCGAGGCAUGUCGACGUUAUCGGGACGUUUAUGUAACAAGGGACGGACGCAGGGACGACGUUGCCAGGUCUUGCAGAUUUGGGAUAAUUGUUUUGUCUUCGUUCGUGCGCUUGAACACUUUGUUUUAGACGGGGUUUUUUUUCUCCAGCUUUAAAGAGCAGGAUAUUUAUAGUCGGAUACGUGUGAGCGUGAAAAGCGACGUGGAUACGAGUCGAGCAAGCGGGAUGAAGCUGGAAAAACCCUGAGUGUCCCCCCGCUGGUUGCAGCUCCGUGCUGGUUUGUACGAACAUGUCGACUCUGGGAGCAGCAGCAGCAGCUCGUCCUCCUCCAAAACCCCAAAUCCCCUCCAAACCUGGCAUGAACUCUUCACAUACACCUGUGACGGACAAGGACACGCCCAAUAAAAACAGUGGGAAAGUCCAUGAGAUAGUCAGCAAGUUUAACCACCAGCCACCUUCUGCUGCAGGUCCUGCUGCUAAAUCAGGACGGCAAAAGAAACCCAAACGAGCUCCUACAGUCAAACCCAAGCCCAAAGUCACGAGUCCUGGUCAGGUCCUAGGCAAUGUGGCACCACCCCUGCCCAUUAAACAGCGCCAAUCACAGAGGAAGGAGGCGGAGCGGAACUCGUUCUCUGUCUCACGUGACAUUACCGAUGGUCAACAAGCAGCUCCUGAUGGUAAAGAGUUCGAGCAGCAGAACGCGAGGUCAAGACCGGAUCAGGAGCCUCGAUGUGAGAAGAACUGCAGUUGCGUGUGUCACCUGCAGCGUCCCGGCAUGAAGCUAGUAUGGGUUCAGAUGUCUGAGGAAGAAGAAGAGGAGCUGAAACGGACCGCAGACGACACGGUCACCGAGGAAGAGAGCGAGAGCGAUGCGGAAGCGGGAUUGGAUCUGUACCAGAGCGGUUCUUCAGAAUCAGAAUACAGCCUGAACGAUCCCCAGGAUGGGAACAAGACCAGAUUCAAGGCGACGCUGAAUAUAAUCGAGUGCCAGCUGAGGAGGAAAUCCGACCCUGGGCUUCACGACCUCAACCCUUUGCCUCUGAAUCUCAUGCAGCUCUCCAAGACUCACUCUACCUCUGAGGAUGAGUCUAUAUACGAAGCCACCAUUGACUUGAUCGCUCCUCCUCAAGAGAAAAUGGACAAAACAUCUACCAUCCCUGAAAUCCUGGUGAACAAAUCUCCUCCUGCCAUUCCACCACGGAUGCCUCUGGAGAAACACAAGGACAAAUGUGUUCCUAGAAGGGUUCCACUUUCUACACUAACUGGAGAGUCCCAAACCCCGAAGCUGCCUUCUGUGGAUUCCGGGUCCAGAGAACGUCUGAAACCGGUUCGAGCUCCGCCUUCUCCUCCAGUCCGAACCUGUGACAGAAGCACGAGCAACGUCUCUGUCACAUCUAAAGGUGACGAUGAACAAAGCGGUUCUGCUGGAGAGUCUGAAAACAAAGAGCAAAAACGUCCUAUUGCCCUCCCUCGAAAGAAGUCACUGGACAUGGAGGCUCAUAUGCCUGAUGAGCUUCUGUACCAGAUUUACACCGAAACCUUCAUAACGAAGGAGAUCCGCCGGCAGACGGUGUGUCGCAGCAUCAGUAAGACGAGCGCCGAUUACCGGAUGGAUCACAGCUCGGGUUCCGGCGCUGAAGGUGUGAGGAGCGGUACAAAUUCAUUCCAGAGAACGCUGUGGCAGGACCAGCCUGCAGUCCAGGAAAGCGGCAUUCUGAACACCAUCACGCCGGAGGAGUGCAAGUACCAGGAGAGCAUGUACGAGGUUUUGACAUCAGAAGUGUCGUACUUGCGUUCCCUGCGCGUCCUGACCGACCAUUUCAUGGAGUCACGAGAACUCAGUGAUAACCUCAUUAACCGAGACAAAAAGACUCUCUUCUCCAACAUCCUGCGCAUCCGAGAAGUCAGCGAGAAGUUCCUGAAGGACUUGGAGGACCAUCUGGAUGAAAGUUUACUCCUCACGAACAUCUGUGAGAUCAUCAAUUACCACGCACAGCACAACUUCCCCGCGUACAUAGAUUAUAUCCGCAACCAGAUUUACCAGGAGAAGACCUUCACCUCACUUAUGCAGACUAACACGGGCUUUGCGACGGCGAUCGCUCAUCUACAGGAGGCCCCCGUAUGCCAGCGCCUGCCCUUUUCCUCCUUUCUGCUGCUGCCCUUCCAGCGAAUCACACGCAUCAAGAUUCUGAUUGAGAACAUCCUGAAGAGAACCGCAGUGGGCACCAAACAGGAAGAAAUGGCCUCAAAGGCUCUGGCUGCUGUGUCUAAGAUCAUAGAUGAGUGUAACACCCAGGUGGGGAAGAUGAAACAGAUGGAGGAGCUCAUAGAGAUCAACAAGACUCUGGAGUUUGAUAAGCUGAAGGCCGUACCCGUGAUCUCGCAGAACCGAUUCCUGGAGAAGCGAGGAGAGCUGCAGGAAAUGGCCAAAAGUGGAACUCUGUUUAAUAUAAAGCCCAAACUCACACCCGUCUACCUCUUCCUCUUCAACGAUCUGCUCAUCUUAGCCACCAAGAAAAGCUCGGAGCGCUACGUAGUGAUUGACCACGCCCACCGCUCUCUGGUGCAGGUUCACGCUAUGGGAGAGCAGGCGAUGAGCGUGAACCUGGAGAACUGCUUCUGCCUCACGCUGCUGGAGAACCAUCAGGGACGCAUCAUGGAGAGGCUCCUAAAAGCACCGUCUGAGUCUGAUGUGCACAGAUGGCUAGCGGCGUUUCCCAACCCUGAGAAUCCAAACCGGGAGCAGGAUGAGGUCAUAUAUGAGGACUGGGACUGUCCACAGGUGCAGUGUGUAAAGCAGUACGUAGCCACGCAAGCUGAUGAGUUAAAUCUGGAUCCCCUAGAGAUCGUCAACGUCAUCCGUAAAACUAACGAAGGAUGGUACGAGGGGAUUCGUCUGUCUGAUGGACAGAAAGGCUGGUUCCCCGUGAACAACGUCUUGGAAAUCACCAGUGAACACAUGAGGAGACGAAACCUGCGAGAACGUUAUCGUGUCAUUCAGGCGGCCAGCGUUAUGACCAACACUACACGCACCAGCUCGUGACCUCACACACACACACACACACACACACACACACAGGAGGACAAUUUGUUUUUUACUGGACUUGAACAGAUAAUGAAGAAGAUGAAGAAGAGGAGAUUCGUGAUCAGUUCUGAUUAGUUUUAUGUUCCUCACACUGCCUACUGUAAUAUUCCUUAUAAGUCUUAUUAUUAUAUAAGUCUUAUUAAACCUGUUUCUUUAACACCA